AUGGAUGACGCAGAUUCUUUUGCCUCUGAUGCCGAGGUCCCACCUGAGAAGAUAGAGAGAAUCCACAAGAACGUGCUUAAUGCUGAAUUAGAAAAGGAGGUCGAAAAUGCAUUUGAGUUGUUUGAUAGUGAUGGAAAUGGUGAAUUGAGUUUAUUUGAAUGCCAAGCAGCAUUCCGGGCGUUAAGGCUGAAUGCUAGCCGCAGCACCGUAAGUCAGCAUAACUCAUUGGUAAUUGGCAUAAUGUCUCAGGUGAAGACCAUGUUCGCAGAACUAAACAAGGGCGAAGAUGACACUCUUACGUUGUCUGAUUUCAAAACAUUGGUGCUCCAGGUUAUCCACAAACGUUACAAUGCAGGGGAGGCUGCAAAGAUAUUCGCGUUACUAGAAGAUGGCACUGAAAUGUCCGUUGAUGAUGACGAGAUCAAUCUAAUGGUUACCGAGGCGUCUAAUGGCAAAGACUAUGUAACCUAUGAAGAAUUCAAAAAGGUACUGAAGUUGGCAUGGCGUGGAGGCCCUAUGGACGAUUAUUUUGAAGAUUAG